AUGGGCCUGAGUGGGGAGCUGUUUUCCAGGCAGAAUAAACUGGCACACUUUGACUGUGGUGUGAGUGUGAAAGCCACCAUCAACAAGAACGUGUCUUCACAGGCCCAGGCAGCCCUGAGGCGUUAUGGGGAGAGAAACUUCAAUGGCUCUCUUCACCUUCACUCCAGUGGAAGGGACAUGCUGAUGCUGGAGGUCGAUGUGAACAAUGAAAACAGGAGGAAGGGCAGAGCUGUUGCACUGAGGGCUUUUCUCCAUCAGACAAUCCUGGCAAACCCAGAAUCGAUACAGCUGCAGCUCAUGGGCAAAAUGUUUCCAUCAAGACUUCUGAUAUCUUCUGAGUUGAAGCUUAAUGAAAAUAGGCUUCGUGUGGAUUUCAUGGGAGCCAGGGAACAGAAAGCUGGUUUUGCUUUGUCCCUAAAUGGAAGAGUCCAACACACAUUUGCUGGAUUAAAGGCCAUACCUCAUCUUCUUUCUCUGAAUGGAUUACUGAAGUGCAAAAACAACACUCAUGAUGGUAACAUCAAUGUGAUGGUCAACAAAACACUGUAUGGACUCCAUCUCAGGAACAGGAAUGUGUUUGGGAAUGUCACUGUACACAACAUCACUGUUGCCAUGUACCAGAAUGGCAGUCUGGCAAUCCCAGUGGAGGCAAGACUGAAAGGGCACCUGGAGCUGAGUAAAGAGAUGAAGAGGGGGCUAGCCAGCUUCCAGGUGGAUGAGAAGGCUCUUUCUGUAGAUUUUUUCAAUCUCAUGAGUCAUGGGCACAGCAGAGUCAGUGGGACUUUCACACAUAAUAUCGACUUCUUAAAAAAUGCAGGAUUGCCGUGGGAUGGCACUCUCACUGCGACGUGUGAGCGUGGCCCAGGAAAUCACAGCCUUGCUGUAGCCCUGCAGAGUGGCAGGGAAGGGAUUACUGCUGUGUUUGGAGGGCACAGCCUGGCCACAGAGCCUUCUAAAUCCCAGCUCUCUGUGAGCUUAAAGCACAACAUCUCAAAGAUGAAGGAACGUGGGAUCCCUUUUACUGUAGAAGCUGCUGGCUAUUAUGAGAAUUUCACCACAAAGAUUGCUGCAGGGAUAACAACCACAGUGGAGAAGGAACAGCUCAAAAUUGAAAUAGAGAAGGAAACCACUGGCAGUGCUGUGGAAAUUUCGCUUUCGCUUCACCAUGAUGUGGGAGGACUGAUGGACAUUGUUCCACAUGUACUAGAGGUUGCUUGCAGUGGAGAAUCUGCCAACAAACAACUCUCUGGCCUUUGCAAUGGUGCAAUUGCAUUUCACCAGUUUGAGACUCCAGCAAGAGUUUCACUGAAUGGGUCAAUGUUUACCAGCAACUUUACUGUCAUCUUCUUUGGACUUGUUUCCUUUCAUGACCUGUUUGCCUGCCUGCAGCUCCACGCCACUGCCAACAUCCAGCCUCAUCUGGAAAUCGAUUUCCAGCACUCUUUGCCUUCACUUCAUUCUCUGGGGAUUGCCAGAGAGAACCAAGUGAAGGUGUCAGCCCUGAGAAGUGACAAGUAUAAGGGCAUCCUUGGUAUUGUCCUUGGGCCUUGCAGUUUGAAAGCUGAUGGAGAAGUGAGCCUGGCCAGCAAUGAAACAGAGUGGGUACUUACUGUCAGAAACAAGUGUGUCAGUCUAGAGGAGAUGGGAUUGCCUCAUGCUGUGGUCUUUGGGGGCUCAUUUCAACAGAACAUCUGCAACAUGGGCUUGUUAAUGAACCUCCAGUGCGAUGCCACAGACUCUGCCACAGAGGGCAUUUUGUUGCUGCAGGCUGGCACUUGCAGACUGAAGGCUAGAGGAGAUCUCUCUAUUCAGAAUAAAGCUGAAUGGACACUGGAAACAGAAUCAGAAUGUCAACUUCUGCAGGAUCUCAGCUUCCCAACUCAGUCACGGCUCACAGGAUCCAUUCAGAGGGACAAGUGCCAAGCAGAGCUUCUCUCUGUGCUGGAAACAGAAGGCAAAAGUGCCCGUCUUGAAGUGAGAGCAGAGUGCAAGCCCAAGAUCACCCUGGAAAUUCAGUUCAGGCAUGACCUCCCCCAGCUGAAGGAAAUCCCAAGGGAAAAUGAGCUGUCCAUCACUGCACGGAAACAGCCGAAAUAUUUCCUUGGAAUAGGAAUGAAAGUGGGUGCUUGUGAGCUCCAAAUGAAUGGGGACUUUGACCCUGAAAAGAAGCUUCAGUGGAAAAUGCUUAUAGAAAAUAAAUGCCAAACAAUUCAGGAUCUUGGAGCACCAGUGAAAAUUGAUGGGUCAGGCUACAUUUUGAUGACUAAAAUGAACCUGGAUUCACAGACACUGAUCACUGUUGAUGACAGUAAAUUCCAAGGACUCCUUAUACUCAAAGUCACUGAUGAAAGGCAAGAGCUGGAUGCAGUGCUAACCCACAACAUUCAAGGAGCUGCUGACAUGGGCAUUCCUAUGAAGAUGUUAAUUGAUGUGAUAUCAGAAAAAAACAGUGACUUCUAUAAAAGAUUUAUUCAUUUCUGUGUGAACAGCAAUCAAAUCACAGAAGAACUGAGCUUUGUCCAGAAGUUGGAUGUUGUGUCUCUUAACUACAAACUCACUCAUAACGUAGAGGCACUGAAGACUUUACAGAUAAAAGACAGGAUUGAACUGCAGGGUAUCUUGAACCUGGAGGUGACCAAGAGCUUCAGUAUGAAAGUGCUUUAUGGUACUCACCUAACAGUGCUCGAAGGACAAAUCCAGGAGUUUGAAACAAGUACCAACAUAACAGGGAAUUUCCAUCACACUUUGCCAUGGCUGCUACAGGCCAGAGUCCCACCGUCUUUACAGAUAGAUGUGGUUUUUCAAGGGGGAAAGGCUACUCAAGAACGAUACGUGCAUAUUGCAGCUGGAGAAACAUCAAUCACAUACAUAAUAAACUCCUACUAUGCUGGUCACCAAGUGGAUAUCUUCUGCCAAAGUGUACAUAGCAGUGAGGUACUCCAGGCAGUUGGUUAUCCUAAGGCAAUCAACUUGAUUCUCAGCUUACAGAAAUCAGAAAACAAAGCCAAGACUGUCUGUGAAAUCCAAUACGAUGAGAAAGAUGUGACUGUGACUGUGGAUGUUGGCACAGACUUUGAACUCUUUGGUGUAUUUGUGUUCAAGGCAGAGGUGAAGCAUUCCAUAUCACUCCUCCAUCAGCUGGGACUUCCCUUCUUUCUUAAGAUGAUAAUUCAGGAAGUCCUGACUGAAAAUGAAACUGCAGGAGCUCUGAGGCUGACCUAUGAACAAAACACAAACUUCUCCUUUGCCAUCAGUAGGAAAAAGGAUCAGCAAGGUGAAGAGUUGAAUAUAAAAGCACUCCAGACUCAUCCCUUCUUUCUACAGUACUUCCCCAGUGCAGCAGAACUGUCUUCUAAGGUAAAUUAUGAUAUGAGUGAAGCAAAAGGCAAACUCUGCCUCAGGAUGGAAAAAAGGGAUUUCAAUGUUACAGCAAAGCUCACUUUGACUGGAACCAGCUACACUAAUACCCUGGAAAUAGCACAGACCAUGUCCCAGCUAAAAAUUCUUCCAAGGCAGCUUGUGUUUAUGACUGUUUACCAAAAGGGCAACAGGACACGAAUGCUGAGGCACAUUGCUCUGUGGGAUGGCAAAGAGAUAAAGGCAACAGGCACUUACACUGGACUCUUCCCAAAGCUGCCUGGAGGUCAUGACAUUCAGGUGGAACUUUUCCAUCCUCUCUCCAUCCCUUUCCCAAGGCAUGCCAGGGUCAACUUAUAUGCGAAACAUUCGGCACGUAAUCACCGGGAUGAUCUUACUGUCCUUUGGAAUGAGAAGGACCAGAUAUCGGUGUCAUCUUCUCUGAAGUUUGGAAGACACCGGACAAACUACAGAGCCACUGUUGCCCACCCCUUUAAUUACACCCUGAAGCAACUGGAGAUCCAUUCCCUGUCAGAAAGAAGGGGCAGAAAGUACAACCAGCAGCUGCAGCUGGCAGGGAAUGCCGGGCAGCCCACUGACAUCCGACUGACCCUGCAGGAUCAAUCCAAGGUGGACAUCGCUGCCUGGGGGGGCUGUGUGACACUCUCUGCAGGCCAGCUUCAGAGAAUAUUAAGUAUGGAACACCUGCAUGCAUGUGGGUCUCUAGAGCUAAGAUCAACAUUGUUUAAUGAAUAUCUAGAUCUGAACUGGGAUGACAAAAAAAUCAAACACAAUUUAACAUAUGAGAGGAAUCAAUUCUUGUAUCCUGAUAAAUUCCAGUUAGAAGCUGUUCUAGAAAACAUUUUCCUGACCCCAUGCACCAAACAGAAGAUUCUGGGUAAAAUAGAAACAAACUACUGCUCUUCCCUGGAUCAUUAUGCAAGCUUUGAGUUCUGUGACCUUCCAAAUGUAAUUGUUUUAUCUGGAAAACACCAGCUCAACAAAGAUAACACCAUUUUGCAGUCAGAGGGCAGAUUCCACCUUGGUGAUCACAGGACAGAUGAAGGGUUGAUUGGAGUAUCCAUAAAGAAUCAGAGCACUGCUGAUGUGAAGAACUAUUCUAUGGAAAUUCAAUUAAGAGCCUUUGAAGAUAUUUGGCUGGGCCUGACAGGAACUGCUACUUCCUCAUCUGUCCAGAGCCAAAUCCUGGUGGAGGGGAUUAUUGAUCCGAAAGAGAAAGUAAAAGUAGCUGCUUCAAAAGGAAAGGAGUGUAUUCAGUACUACCUGGGGUAUCUGAAAGGGGAUUUGGAAGAAGGAAUGGAAGUCAAUGCUUGUUCUGAUGGGCAGGAGAUGGCUGCCAUUAACACCCAUCUCACCAUCAAUGGGGAAAGGCAGGAAAACAUGGGACAAGUGACUCUAUCAGCUGCUAAUGGAAGCCUGAGUUUUCUGGCUCAUGGAUGUGGGGAUCCAGUUCUUAAGGCUGAGCACAAGCUUAUUGAAAUUGGGAGUCUUUUGAAAGCCAAACUGAUGGAAAAGAUAAAGAAGUUUGAUGGAUACAUGUGGAGAUUCAGGAGAUCAGUGCAGCAAGUUGGUUUCCUGUCUGAAGCAGCUGGCUGGCCUUCCACAGCCUUGCAGAUGGCAGCAGGAUUCCUGCACAGCGGGGGCAGAGCUGUCGCCCAGGCGUGGAAGCAAAGCGGAAUUGGGCACAUCCUGAGGAACAAGGUCCCACUUUACCUGGAUAAAGUUCAAGGUGUUGUCCAGCAAAUGCAGAAUGAAUUGCAAAAGCCACUAGCAACUUUGAAGGAUGCCUACUAUGAUGUGACCUUGAAGCCACUGGAUGAGGUCUGGAAAGAGAAGACAGAAGAGUACAUGAAGAAAAUCCAGGCUUUUUUACCCAAUAUUGUAAAAGAUGCGUGGCUAAUGGAGCCAAUCCAGCUGGCAUUAAAGGUUGUGAAAGCAGCCUUGGAUAUGACCACACAGCAGAUGUUCGGGUGGGCAGAGGCCACAUUUUCCAGAGCUGUGAGCAAGAUCCGGAAGCCCUUGCUCAACCUGUACAGCUUUUCAGCCAGGAACUGCUCCGUGGCAAUAAAGCUGCCAGUACUGCCCAAAGGAGACAACUCCCUACAGCUGGCAAAUGUUCCUACUUACCUCAUUGGAGAGAAACUAAUGAGGCCUCUGCAGGACCUCUACAAAAUCAACAUCCUUGCAGAGUAUUACAGGCUCAAAAGGAGGAUGGUGGAGAGUCCCUUCGAAUAUCAUGCUCUGUUAGUGGGGACCAAGCAUCUUGUGACUUUUGAUGGAAAAAUUUAUGAUUUGGCAUCAAAGUGCAGUGUACUUCUUGCCAAGGAUUUCGUUCACAAUGCUUUCACUGUAAUACUGAGUGAGGAAACCAGGAACUCAAGAUCACUGUAUGUGGAGAUGAACCAGACUGUGAUCAGUAUCCACCCAAGACUGAAGAUCUCCAAGAUGUUCUCCUUUACGGAAGAGAACUGCCAAGUAAUGGAUAAAUCACUUGAAAAGAAUACUACUAAUUCAAGGAGAGAAACCAACAAAAUAGAAAUAUCUAAUCAGAAAGGAGUUUCUCUAUCUUGUAACUUUCAGUAUGAUCUCUGUACUGUCACUCUAGCUGGGUGGCACCAUGGUAUCUCAGCUGGGCUUUUUGGUACCAAUGACAAUGAAGCUGGAAAUGAAUGGAUGCUUCCUAAUGGCUCCUUCACUGACAACGUGCAGGAGUUCACACAGAGCUGGCAGGUGAACACGUGCAGUCUUGGACCGAAGAAAGAGAAGCCAUGUCCAAUUACAGGCAAGCAAAACAUCUGCAAAGUGUUUUUUGAAGAACCACAUUCACUUCUUAGGAACUGCUUCAAAGUUGUGGACCCCGAGCCCUUCUACACCAUGUGCACACAGGACACCUGUGAGUCCCCGGCCCUGGGGGCUGCCUGCAGCUCAGCAGCAGCUUUUGUUCAUCUGUGCAACCGGAAUUUUGUCCCUGUGGAAAUCCCUCCGCAGUGCUUGAGCCAGUUCUGAAUGGCACAUACCAACCCUUGGAGAUGGAAGAACCCUUUCAGCACUCAAAAAUAGAACUUAUUUUACGUAGACAAGCUAGAGGCAGGACAACAAUAGCAGUGCAAAUGCAUUAGUUAGACAAUGAAUAUAAUGAAGCACAUAUAGUAUAACAGGAAAGCUUUCCACCCAGAACCGCUGAGGGCAAGACAGAUUAUUUCAGUAUACUGACAAGAAACUAUAAUCAACCAUAAGAAAUUGAACAUAGUAGUAUCAGUUACUUUAAAAGAAUUCUCCCAUUCAGUGGCAGAAUUGUGUCUCCACAAGCCUUGAAUCAUAGCACAAAUACAAAAGCUGACAAGAGGUGUCUUCCAGCUCAGAUCAGUAUAGGUGGAAUACUUUGUGAAAGCAGCAUUAUCAGCUUUGAGUCAGCACAGAUGAUGACUUCUUUUUUCUCCAGAAAUGAAACUCUGCUGUUCAGUGGUUCUGGACAAAGUUAUCUUUUUUUUUUUUUU